AUGGCUGGGGACAACACAAUCGCCGCGGCAGCUCUAGCUGUUGCGCUCGUCGCGCUCCUCUCUACGGUUGGACAAGUUCUUCAGCAAUAUUUCGGUACAGCAGAUGGCUUCCGGAGAUGUCAAGACUCUGUGGUGGGUCCUUGGGCUAAGCGCACACGACUUAGAUUCCGCUGGAGCGAGUUUCGGUUUGAGACCUUAUUCACCGUGCCGCAUAUCAUGCUUCAGAGAACCGUCUGGGUCUCCUCAGAGAUGCCGGCGUGCCCUUACCCAGACGGCGGUUGGAUCCUUGGCAGGGCAGAACACCAGGCAGGCGCUGAUGAGGUCAACUUGCUGAUAUCCGGCAGAGCAGCUGCUUCACCAGAGCUUGUUACUUGGCUGCGUUUCCUACGUGCCAUCCAAUGGACCCAUAAGAGAAUGCUCUUCAAGCUCAGCAGAGUAACACAAGCGGGAGGUGAGAAGAACGAUCUCAAGCUGGCAGAAUACGAGAAUCGCAAUUUGACAAUGCCCCUGGUCAAGUUUGAGGAACGGUCUUGGGAUUUUAUGCCUCCAGACAUCGUCAAGCCAUAUGCUCGAAUCAAUAUCGGAGAUCUUGGAAUCCUCGCUCGCCGACUUGGCAUGGAAUGGGAUCGCUUUGAACCAUCGGAUGGAAUUCUUCGUGCGCAAGGCAAUGGCUACAAUCUGACCUCUGUACUUGUGAGAUCAGUCGGCACAAUGGUCGAGAUAAAUGAGAUCUUGGGCUCCGGGGCCCAAAAUGCUCCUCUCCCAUGGUUGACUCCAGUCAUUCCAGAGCAUGUUGAGCGUAAGAUGCUCUUGAUUCCGUGUGCGGCUGCUGACAAAAUGGCGUUCGGCAUUCUGCCAGGAGUCAAUUCUGGAUUUCUCCAUCGAGAUUUUGACGUGAGCAGUCUAGACAGGAUACCUGCACUCCUGCGCUAUUUCACCAGAAAUGAACGACUGGUGGCUGCCUUUACAUCUGUUUACUGGCAACAGGCUGGUUGGUGCCCUGGCGUUUCGGAUCUUUUGAGCAUUAUCGCCCCAAUGAUGUACAGACCAGAAUUAGGGAUCCUGGGAGUACCAUCUCCAGACAAUGGGCUCCUGUUUCAUGGAGUCACUGCUGCAAGCGCAGAUGCGUCACGUAUGUCGAGUGUAGUUUGGGUUCAUGAGAAGGUAUCCACUUUGUCAGCGGCCUCAGAUGAAUGGACCAAUGAGAUAGACUUACUGGCCAGAUACUGGGUUGACGGCAGCAGUCGGAGUGUUCGUACUCCGCCUCAAGAGGAGAUAUACCGUGCAUAUCAAACCAGUACAUCACUUCUUUGGGACAUUCCAAAGUUGGCUGGCUCGGAAGAAGUUCCUCGUUCGCCAGUUCCUCGCUCGCCAUCCUACUUUUCCUUAAUUGCUUACCACCUCCGCCAUAUGUUUGAUCAUCAAAACAUUACACCUCUGUAUAACACAGGGCCACAACAGGUCUUACACUACGGACACCCCAAUUACCCUUACCCACAAUCUCUGACCAGCGAGUCUGCCUUGUGGGCCCAAAGGAUGAAAGUCUACUUCCAAAGAUUGCCAGAUUUGGUAAGCAACAUGGAACAAGACGGUCUUGGAAACAAGGAACAGAUUACGAGUGGAUGGGUCCUUAUGAUGUUCAGAGGCAUGUGUUGGAGUAGAUGCCAUGUUUUGAUUUCUGGGAAGACGAUCCCGAUUCAGUAUUGUGGCAGCCAGUUGCCAGUCUAUCUUGGAUGA